AUGGCAACAGAUCAUACAGUAGAGUGUUUAGCAAUCUCGGUGGAGCGACUAGAGACCCUCUCUUAUGCAGACUCAAACACGUACGCUCCUCUUCUACGAAGAUGUGGGAGCAGCAAAGCUCUGGAACUGGGAAAGAGAAUCCACAGGCACAUUUGCAAGAGUGGGCACGAACGAGAUACUUUCCUGGGGAAUCUUCUUGUGGACAUGUACGGACGGUGUACGAGAGUUGACGAUGCCCGGGGAGUUUUCGACCGCAUCAAGCGGAAGAAUCGUUUCUCGUGGAAUAUCCUUGUGGGAGCAUAUACCCAGAACGGGCAUCUAGAGCUUGCGAGGGAGGUGUUUGAUUCUAUGCCAGAGAGAGACGUCGUGUCAUGGAAUACCAUGUUUGGAGCAUAUGCGCAGCACAGGAAUAUUCACGAGGCAAGGCUUUUGUUUGAAAAUAUGCCCUUUCAUAAUGUUGUCUCUUGGAAUGCCAUGAUACGGGCAUAUGCCCAGGGAGGGUAUAGUGGUGACGCGGUUUGCUUGUUUCAUUCGAUGCAAUUAGAAGGGUUUAAGCCAAACGAGAUCACAUUCAUAGUUGUGAUAGAUGCUUGGGCUUCUUGGAGGGAUUCUCAGCUGGACAAUAAAACUCAAGGUUUGGAAUCGUUGGUUAUAGAUAAUGGGUUUCUUGCUGAUGUUGCAGUUGGUAAUGCUCUCAUGAACCUCUACAGCAGAUUUGAAAAAUUUGACAAGGUUAAUUUUGUGUUUGAAAAGAUGGCAAAGCAAGAUGUUGUGAGCUGGACUACAUUGCUCUCAGCGUAUGCCCGAAAUGGACAUCCAGAGAAAGCUCUCGUGUGUUUGCCCCUGAUGGAUUUGGAGGGUCAUCACCCAGACAGUAUAACUUGCAUAACAUUGUGCGAGGCUUGUGGAGAACUCGGUUCUUUGAAGCAAUGCCUUGAAACUCAAGCAGUGAUAGAUGAUGUUUCUAGUGAUGUCAGAUCAAAUACCAAAGUUGGAAAUGCCUUGGUCACAAUGUACGGAAAAUGUGGUGAAGUUGAUCUUGCAAGUCAAUCCUUUAAUAAAAUUCCCAGCAAGGACGUAAUAAGCUGGACUGCCUUGAUCACAGCCAAUGCCAUAAAUGGGCAUCCGCACAAAGCAAUGAGAGUUUUCAAGCUGAUGGAUCUUGAGGGUUUUUGCGUGGACAAGGUUGCGUGGAUCAGCAUGAUCGAUGCUUGCACUUGUGCUUCCGCCAUUUUUGAGGGGAGAUUGAUCCACUCGGCUCUAGUGUCGCGAGGAGGAUCAAUCGAUCUCGAAGUAUCCAAUGCUCUCCUCAGCAUGUACGCUAAAUGCGGUAGCCUGAAAGAUGCCGUGGCGAUUCUAGACGUGAUUCCUUCCCUGGACAUUGUGGGAUGGAACGCCAUGAUCACGGCAUUUGCCCGGACUGGGCAUUACACCCAAACUAUAGAUUUCUAUCGCCUCAUGGCUCUGGAGGGAUCUUCUCGACCAAACUCCAUCACUUUUAUCAGCGUCUUGAGUGCUUGCAGCCACAAAGGACUCGUCAAAGAUGGAAUAUCCCAUUUCACUUCGAUGGUCUGGGACUAUGGGAUUGAACCUGUAAUCGACCAUUACUUGUGCAUGGUUGAUCUCUUGGGUCGAGGUGGCGAGCUUAGAGAUGCCGAGGAGCUACUAAAGAAUAUGCCCGUCGUGCCCAACGAGGUGGCAUGGCGGACGCUCUUGAGCGCCUGUGGAACAAAUGGGGACAUUGGACGGGGAAAGUCGGCAGUCAAGAGAAUCGAGCGCGAGACCUCAUCGUCUCUGGCAGGUCGCAGGCUCGAAUCGCUGGAGAAGACCUUUAGUGCCGGUGGUCGCGGUUUCGAAUCUAGGGACGGGAAAAUGGCCGUGUCACAUUUUCCUCAAUGCCUUCUAUCCUCCAACUAA